GAAAAUGGAUUCUCUCGUAAUAACAAUUUCACUUCUCUUUGCAAUUUUCGCUUCUCCUCUUGUAGAGUCUGCUUAUAAUCAUAGUAAUGGUUACACCCUCGCGAAGGUAUCACUAAAUCCAAUUGAUGCUUGCUGGCGAAGAAACCCUAAAUGGGCGACUAGCCGUCAAGCUCUUGCAAAUUGCGCGGUAGGGUACGGAAAAGCUGCGUUAGGGGGCAAAAACGGUCCGAUCUACGUGGUUACAGACCCAUCAGAUGACCCUGUAAAACCUAAACCUGGAACGCUAAGAUAUGGAGCGGUCCAACCAAAACCGCUAUGGAUCACAUUCGCACGUGACAUGGUGAUAGUGUUAAAAAGCGAGCUCUAUGUGAACAGCUACAAGACGAUAGACGGGAGAGGGGCAAAAGUUGAAAUAGGCAACGGGCCGUGCUUAAGGAUGAAACUUGUGAAACAUGUCAUUAUACAUGGGAUAAGUAUCCAUGACUGUAAACCAGGUCCGAAGGAAAAAUUGGAUGGUGACGGUAUCCGCGUUUUCCAAUCUUCACAUAUUUGGAUCGAUCAUUGUUUCUUGUCUCGGAGCCAAGAUGGUUUGAUCGAUGUGAUUUUUUUGUCUACGGCUGUCACUAUCUCUAAUAACUAUUUCACGCAGCAUGAUAAAGUGAUGUUACUCGGACAUGAUGACAAGUUUAUGGGAGAUAAGAUCAUGAGAGUUACAAUUGCAUUCAACUAUUUUGGACCAGGUCUCAUUGAGAGAAUGCCUAGGGUGAGGAGAGGGUACGCGCAUGUAGCAAACAAUAGAUACGAGAAAUGGCAAAUGUAUGCGAUCGGAGGAAGUGCCGAUCCAAUUAUCUAUAGUGAAGGCAACUACUUCGUUGCUCCCGACAAGCGUAGCAGUAAACAGGUGACGAAGAGAAUGACAACUGGAGCUGAUUCUAAAAAAUGGAAAUGGAGUACGUCUAAAGACGUUUUCAUGAAUGGAGCUUUCUUCGUGCCGUCUGGUGGAGCAGUCAAGCCGUUGUACAAAGGAGGAGAGGCGUUUCCGGUGGCCCACGGCUCUCUCGUCCCUUCUCUUACUUCCUCCGCCGGUCCUCUCCGUUGCUCCGCCGGUAGAAUUUGCUAAUCAAUUACUCACCUCGUUUUUAUUAUAGAAGACCAAAAAAAAAAAAAAAGUCAAUUUCUUCAUUAAACGAUAUGUAAUUUUAUUUUUUUGGUUAUUGCCUCACAGUUCGUUAAUAUUAUCAGAAGAUUAACUCCCUUAACUUCUAUGUUAAUAUGUACUCUCUUAGUAUAAAAUGUAUAUAAUAUCGCAUUAAAUCCUGUAAAUAUAUGGUGGUAAAGUAUAGUAAUAGACUUUUAGUU